AUGUCUACAGAAAUCUCUCUGGAUAGUGAUUUCCUGUUUCCUCAGUAUUUCCCCUUACAUGAAUCACUUUCAAGGAAAUUUGAAACCAUUCAAACUUCACUGGUGCAAGCACAAUCUAUGGAGCUUGUAGAUCAAGCGAUUCAAUCAUUAGUCAAAUCAACUAAACAAUAUACAGAGUUUAUAUUAGAUGGAGAAAGAAGUACACCAGUGAAAAUAGAUGAACAACUUCUUUCCAAUAAUCUCAAGGCAUUAACAAAUUUACUUAAAACAAAAUAUACAUUGAAAAACUUUAAUGAUUCAUUACAAGAAUCAAGAUCAAGAAUAAGACAAGAAUCUAGAACAGAACAACCAUUGAACCUUGAAACAUUACAAGCAUAUCAAAAUGAAUCAGAAACUUCGGAUAAAAGAAAUUUUGCCGAUGCUGUAACUUCAGAUUAUUCACAAUAUAUUCAAUUACAUAAUCAACAGAAUUCAUUUAAUGAACUUUUAAGAUCUUCUAAAGACUAUCAAUAUGUGAAGAAUGUUUCAUUUAUUCUUUCUCAUCCUGAAGAAGCACUUGCAGAUGAAGUGGAAGAUGAUGAGCUUGCAGUUGAAGGGGGGAAAGUAUCACUUAAAGAUCCUAUUUCAUUGAAAUAUUUUGAAAAUCCUGUCAAAUCGCGCCGAUGUCAACAUACUUAUGAACAAGAUAAUAUAUUAAGUAGAAUAGGUGAGGGACAAAAUACUUGUCCUAUUGAUGGGUGUAGAGCUAAUGUGUCGCGCCAGGACUUACAACCAGACGAAUUAAUGAAAUUGAGAGUUACUGUUCAUCUUGCUGUGCAACAUAAGAAGGACUCCAAUAUUGAUAGAUUAUGA